GGUUCCGGGCGCCGCACGGUCCCCCCUCCCACCCUGCCCCUUCCCCUCCCCCGGUUCCCCCCUCCGGCUGGAGUCCGGAGCUGACUGCUUCCCCCAUGGCCUCCGCUCCGGAGGACCCCGUUCUGGAGCGUUAUUUUAAAGGCCACAAAGCUGCAAUCACUUCUGUGAACUUCAGCCCCAGCGGCAAACAACUUGAGGCCGGCCAUGCCAGGCAGCAGGGAUCAAGAAGGCUCUCAAACUUUGCGAAAAAGACAGAGGAUUUGUCUCGACCUCUUUAUGAAAAACCCCCUGCAGAUUCCCAUGCCCUUGGGGAGUGGGGGAGAGCAAGCAAACUCCAGCUCAAUGAGGACGAACUGAAGCAGCAAGAAGAACUCAUUGAGAGAUACGCUAUCAAUAUUUACCUCAGUGACAGGAUCUCUCUGCAUCGCCACAUAGAGGAUAAAAGAAUGUAUGAAUGUAAAUCCAAGAAGUUCAACUAUAGGAAGCUUCCCACCACCUCUGUUAUCAUUGCUUUCUAUAAUGAAGCCUGGUCAACUUUGCUCCGCACCAUUCACAGUGUUUUAGAAACUUCCCCAGCAGUCCUUUUGAAGGAGAUCAUCUUGGUUGAUGACUUGAGUGACAGAGCUUAUUUGAAGGGACAACUUGAAACUUACAUCAGCAAUCUUGAUAGAGUUCGCUUGAUUAGAACCAAUAAGCGAGAGGGACUGGUUAGGGCCCGCCUAAUUGGAGCCACUUUUGCUACUGGGCAGGUCCUCACUUUCCUGGAUUGUCACUGUGAGUGUAAUUCUGGUUGGCUGGAACCACUUUUGGAAAGGAUUGAUAGAGAUGAAACAGCAAUUGUUUGUCCUGUUAUAGACACUAUUGAUUGGAAUACUUUUGAAUUCUAUAUGCAGACCGGGGAACCCAUGAUUGGUGGGUUUGAUUGGCGAUUAACCUUCCAGUGGCAUUCUGUCCCCAAGCAUGAAAGGGACAGGCGGCAAUCCAGAAUUGACCCAAUCAGAUCACCCACCAUGGCUGGAGGACUGUUUGCUGUUAGCAAGAAAUAUUUUCAAUAUCUUGGAACCUACGACACUGGAAUGGAAGUGUGGGGAGGUGAAAACCUUGAGCUGUCAUUUAGGGUAUGGCAGUGUGGUGGUAAAUUGGAGAUCCACCCGUGUUCUCACGUGGGCCAUGUGUUCCCUAAGCGGGCACCAUAUGCUCGCCCCAAUUUCCUACAGAAUACUGCUCGGGCAGCAGAAGUGUGGAUGGAUGAAUACAAAGAGCAUUUCUACAAUCGAAACCCUCCUGCACGGAAAGAAGCUUAUGGAGAUAUUUCUGAAAGAAAAUUACUACGAGAACGACUUAAAUGCAAGAACUUUGACUGGUAUUUAAAAAAUGUGUUUUCUAAUUUACACAUACCAGAGGAUAGGCCAGGCUGGCAUGGGGCUAUUCGCAGUAUGGGCAUAUCCUCUGAAUGUUUAGAUUAUAAUUCUCCUGACAACAACCCAACAGGUGCUAACCUUUCAUUGUUUGGAUGCCAUGGUCAAGGAGGCAAUCAAUUCUUUGAAUAUACUUCAAACAAAGAAAUAAGGUUUAAUUCUGUGACUGAGUUAUGUGCAGAGGUUCCUGAGCAAAAAAACUAUGUAGGAAUGCAAAAUUGUCCUAAAGAUGGGUUCCCUGUUCCAGUAAACAUUAUUUGGCAUUUUAAAGAUGAUGGAACUAUUUUUCAUCCGCACUCAGGACUGUGUCUUAGUGCUUAUCGGACACCUGAGGGCCUGCCUAAGGUACAAAUGAGGACUUGUGAUGCCCUAGAUAAUAAUCAGCUUUGGCGUUUUGAGAAAUAGAGCACAACAGCACUUUUAUCAUAAGCUGACAGUAGCCCCAGUGAAGAUUGUAUUUUAUCAGAAUUCACAGACGUCUGUGAGAGCACUAGAAAGGUGUGGCUCAUUUGGGGGUAUUACACUGAAACUGUGUACAUAGAGUACUGCUGUUUAAUAUUUCAACGUGCCUUACUUAUGAGUUGUUUUAUUUAAGAGAUUUGUCUAUAUGGUCUCUUCUCCUUAAAGAAAUUGACUGUGAAUUGAGAUACACAGAACACUUAAGUGCCAGACUUCACAUUACAGAAUGUAAAAGUCCAAGCAAAAUUGGGUAUGAUUUAUAUUGGUGGGUAAGUUCACUGCACAUCUCAUUUUUUUCUCAAAACUCAUAAACGUGCAGUUUGAGCUACUGCUAUUUUGAUUACAUAGGAUUUGAAUUUAUGUUAGCCAGCACAUUAAAUUUUAUUUUUUGUUUAUUGUUUAAUUUUCUUUUACUCAAGUAGAAAUCAAAGAAAGUUGUUCUUAAGGAGAAAAAGACCUAGUGUAAAUAUAUUGUCAUUGGAAGAGGGCAUCAGUUUGAAUGUGAAUUUGGAGGUCUUUUUAACAUACAGCAUCUCAGAAAAUCAUACUCACAUCUGAAUGAAAGGGGAGAUAUUUACAUUCCACAAUUUGUAAACUUGAGCUCUUGGACUUAACUGACUUAUACCUCAAAUCAUUAAUUUCGUAAACUGUCCUCUCUGUGAAUUUGUUUGAGUCUAGGGCGUUUUCAGAUUGCACUUCCUUAAGUUAUGAAUGUACUAGAAAGGGACUCAUUCAGAAUACUGUGUCUCCCUUUGUUAAUGCUUAAUCAUUUAAAGUAAACACAGUUGAGGCCGCUCUGAAAUUAAACUCAACUGUGUUAAAUGUGUGAAACUGAAAGCAAGCCAGGUUCUGCAAAGGCUUCUACAAUUUCUUGCUGAUCUGGAAAUUUAAGAAUUUGUCUUAAGAUCACAGGUUAAAAAGACUGUCGUGGCAAUUGCAAUUGCUGCCUUCUAUCAUUUUCAACACCUAGCAGCCUGGCACGUAAGUAACUUUUAGUAAAUGGGUAAAUGAAUGACUGAAUUAAUGAAUGGCUCAGCCAAGGCAUGUUACUUUGGUCAAGUCAUUUGACAUACUUGGUCUUCAGUUUCCUCAUCUGUGAGUACUGAACUGGAUCUUGAUGAUCCCUUCCAGUGAAAUGUUGAUUGUACAUUCUCCCCUUCUCAUACUCAGUCACUAUGCAAUUUCUACAACACUUUUUAUGUCCUCGCUUAACAUAAGUAAUGCUGAGCAGUUGAGUAAUGUUCAGUCCAGGUGUGAACCUGGAAAGGAGGGUUCAGUUUCUAGUCAUUUCAUUUUGACAAUUGUUGAACCAAUUUUGUUAUUAAAACUUUUAAGGUCUAAAACAUAACUAAGAACAUAAACUUUUUUCCAAACUAAAUUAUUUGAAAAGUAAACACACAAUUUUAAAGUAUUUUUUUACUGAUUUUAUACCAGUGUUAUAUUCAGACAUCACAAAUAGAAUUUAAAAUUAAAUCUAAAUUUACUUCACUUUGCUCUAGAAUUAUUUUUUUAAAAAGUGUGAUGCUCCAUAAAGAAUUAGUCCACAGUAUUCAUAGGUGAAGUUGUUUUUAGUGUUUGAUGAGUUGUCAAGUAGGAACUUUGCAAAAUCUGAAUGUAAGAAAAUUAUUUAGGAAGACCAUAUCAAAAAUUAUAAUUGCUGUGUAAUUGUGGCUAUUAUUUCUCUUUUGCCUCUGAAAAUGAAAUUGUGUUUGUAGUUUCUAGCCUUAAAUUUUAUCAAAAAAACUGUCCAAAUCUCAUAUGCAAUGUGCUCAACCUUGGGUUUAAUCAAAAAAGAAUUUAUAAUAACACUCUGAAUUUUUUGAAAGAGUUUCUCCUAAACCUACCCUCUCCCCCUCAGUCUCCUUUCUAAAAUAAUUUUGUUUUCUACUUAUUUAUUUCUUUUUUUAUGUGUUCUUUUUAACAUCCUAUAAUGUGGGAGAGCUAAAAUGACUAUAUUCUACAAGUACUUAUUGGAGUUAUUUUAUUUCAGUAUUCUGAUGCUCUUAUCAAAAGGGAGGAAGAGUACUUUACUUAAUUCUUUAUUUACCUUUUACCCUAAAUUGUUGAGUGUAACCAGUGAUCUUUUGGUUGGAAAAUUUAGACCGAUCCUUUAUUUAUCCCAAUAAUACAGAAUGGUUAGGCUAUUCAUUCCUCAAAAUAUCAUAUGUAACAGAGAAACAAGACUUUGAUGUUUUUAUAUAUUGGCACAUUCCAAUUAAAUUCCAAAAAUAUGCUCUAAUGUUACAUAUAAAAUACAUUUUGAUUCCUUAAUUCUAAUCUAUUGAUACCAAAGCACUCUCAUUAUAGAGAAUUAAGAGUUGACUUUUAAGCUAAUUUACAUACAUUGUAAUAGUUUCAUGAAAAUAUUUAGUGGGCAAUGAGUUUCCACUUUAAAUGUUCACUCUAUCAUUUAGUGACCAAUUCUAGGAAUAGAUUGACUAAAUAAGCUCAUUUAUGUUUUGAAGGAAAUGAUAAUGUAGUCAUUGGAAGAAUCUCUAACUCAAAAUAACUUCUUUGUAAAAGAAAAUUUGUUUACUCACCCAGUAGUAGGCUUUUGCAUAUACAUUUUUGUUAGCAAAUCAAAAUUUUCUAGAUUAAAGAUGAUAUUAUUUCUAAGUUGUAUAUUCUUAGUUGUUUGGGGGACUCAAUUCUAAUUAAUAAAAUAUCUAGUAUUGACUUUUCUUUUUGAAUGACUGUUUUAAUGAUAUUUUUGAAUGAGCACAAAUACUGUUGGGGUUCAGAUUAAUCUCUUGAACGAUGAAUUUAUUUCUAUGUGAUGAGAAGUUUUCAUCCUUUUUUUCCUUUGUUAAUGGUAUUUGUAAUGUUGAUUAAGACAUAAAAUAAAAUGUGUGUCUAAUUAUUUUUGCAAAUGGAUU